CGAGCGACCGAUUGAUUGAUUGAUUCCUUUCCCUUCGUUUCCCAUUUCCCGUUACCCUACAGCCACCAUGAACCCUCACCAGAAGAACAAGGUCGACAUCAAUUCACUCACGCCCGACGAGCAGCGGCUCUUCCGCCUUUACGGCAAGCUGCCCUCGCGAUCCGACCACUUCGCCAAGCACCUCAAGGACCGCAAGUACUUCGACUCGGGCGACUACGCCAUGUCCAAGGCCGGCAAGGGCGACGGCGUCGAUGCGGGCGCCGUCGGCUCGCAGCACCCCGUCCCCGAGAACAUCCCGCACCUGACGUCGCCCACCAACGGCGGGCCCAACGCCCCCGGGCACGCGCACCGCGGCUCCGUCCCGGGCAUCCAGGCGGGGAGCCCCGUCAAGGAGGGCAGCUUCUUGAACCGCGAGACGUCGGCCGAGGGCGAGGUGAAGCUGAGCGGCGACGACAAGAAGGGCGAGCAGGAGGCUGACGACGCCAAGCCCGUCGACACUGGGCUCGGCGGAACGCCCAUCGUCGCCGGAGGGGCCAUGCCGGUCCGGCAAUAGCCUCGUAUGCGUGGUCUCUGAUGCAUUCGACUAUACAUUCGAUUCUACCUGCCGGGCUGUCAGUGUGGUAUAUGGGGGAGGGGGGGGCAGCAGAAUGCGAGAGGAAGCCUCUUUCAUGCAGACCUCUCCCCUCUUCCCCCUUGAGUUCGCAGGCGAUGUGGCACGAGGCACAACUCUGCACCGAGUGCCGUAGCAAAAACAUGCAUGGAUGAUUUAUGUCUUUCUUGGUUUUGUUUUCAGUUCUGCUUCGCAUUGCAAUGUACCAUGACGUCCUCAUCCCGAGGAGGGAGAGACGACGAGGCGGCACGAGAUUGAGGAAGAAGAAUCGACUUUGAGUGGGAUGAGAAAAUCUCGCGUUGUUUCAUGAGCCAUAGUUUGCUUCAGCAGUUGAUUUCUCCGUCUUGCUUCCUGAUUUAUUGGCGUUAUCUGGGACCUGUUGGAAGGAAAUGUUCGAUUAUCAUCACGUCUUCACAGCUCGGGCGUCAAGAGCCUCUGCGCCGGCAAAACUGAAAAGAACAAAAAAAACCACAAUGACACCUGGAGCAGAAUGGAGGUCUCUGUCACGGAGCUUGUCAUUUUAUUCUUUCUUUUCUCUUGUUCC